GAUUUCUCGAAGCAUUUUUAUUAGGUUAUAUUAACAAUCACAUUGUGUUAUUGUCUUGAGUUCUUUUGUUCAUGUUUUUUCUGUGUUGUUACUUCUAAUAAAACUCUUAAUUGGAGCAUAAUUUUAUGUCCAGAAGACAACAUUGACAAGUUGAGGAUGUCUAUAUUGAUUCAAAGAACUCGCAUGCUUUAUAGACGUAUACCAUUUAGGAACAUCGUGUUCGUUUCUCCAAAACCGACUAUAAGUUCAAGGUUCUUCCUCACACCAGCUGUCAACAGAAGUUUAUCUACUACGAAGAAAUCUUCAAAUGGAACAGAAUGGCAAACAGUAUUAAAACGCUUUUUACCAGUUGGAAUAUGUUUAAUAGCAGUUAUGCAAUGGAGAGCAUUUAGGAAGAGACAAAAAGAAGGACCCGCUAGGCAAUGGGAAAUUAAUUGUUACUGUAUGUUACCUUUGAGGACAGUAUCAAGAUGCUGGGGAUAUAUAGCAGAUGUAAAGCUACCCGAACUUUUGAGACCGCCCGUAUACAAAAUGUACUCCAGUGUAUUUGGUGUUAACAUUUCUGAAGCUGAAAAUGAAGAUCUAACGUCUUAUCCAAGUCUGGCAGACUUUUUUGCCAGAUCUCUGAAAAAUGGAAUGAGACAGGUUGAUCAAAGCAGCUGUCUCGUAUCACCUUGUGACGGGACGGUCCUCCAUUUCGGGACAGUUGAUACUGAACAAGUCGAACAGGUAAAAGGGGUGACUUAUUCACUAAAAGAUUUUUUGGGAGAGCAAGUUACAAAAAUGCAAAAAUAUAGCAGUGACUUCAAGACAUCUUUAUUGCAUAAACCUCUCGAAGGCACUACAUUGUAUCAAUGUGUUAUAUACUUGGCACCAGGCGAUUAUCAUAGAUUUCAUUCUCCGGCGGAAUGGAAACCUACACAUCGAAGACACUUUUCUGGACAACUCCUUUCUGUAAACCCCAGUAUAGCAAGUUGGCUACCAGGUCUAUUUACUCUUAAUGAAAGAGCUGUUUAUUUAGGACAUUGGAACUAUGGAUUUUUUUCAUAUACUGCAGUUGGUGCAACGAAUGUUGGGACAGUGAAAGUUUAUUUUGACAAAACUCUGCAGACAAAUAAACCAUACAAAAAUCGUACUAAAGAAGAAAUAUGCUUGGGCAACGCCGUGGAAUUGAAAAAAGGUGAUAUUAUGGGCGAAUUUCGUAUGGGUUCUACCAUCGUUUUAAUAUUUGAGGCUCCAUAUAACUUUAAAUUUUCCAUCAUGCCCGGAGACAAAGUCAAAAUGGGACAGGGAAUUGGUUGUGUUCAUGAACAACAAAAUAAAUUCGUAGAUAGGUUAACAAAUGAAAGAAUAGGUAUUAAAACUGUCGAAUAAUUUAAUAUUUAGAUUUGUAUAUAUUUUUGUUAUGUAUUAAAUCAUUGUGAUAUUUUUUUAAUAAACGAAAAAAGAA